AUGAGCUGGCGGACUUUUUUGCUUAUAACGGCGGUGGCAUUUCGUUGUUCCUCUGUUCAACUAAGUGGAAUUAUCUAUACCCUUACAAAUGGCUUGCAAGCCGAUUUCACUUACGAUGUAUGCUGCUCCUACAAUGGAUCCGCCCCAAAACCAUGGGAAAUUCAGCUUAAGCUGGAUGAUCUGAGGUUAAAAACGGUGCCCAUCGACGAGUCUACUAUCGGUUACCGGUUCAAGCCAGAUCAGCUGUGGUAUGGGGCCUUGGAAUUCAAGUGCAAUUGGCCAGGUAAUGGCCUAACUAAAGCCGUCAUCUCGAUGUAUUCUCUUCUAGAGACGUUUGAUUGUUUCUACACUGAUAUCAAGACGGAAAUGGAGUGUAGCUUCCACCACUUCUUUGAAGGAUUGACAGCCACUAGAUUAUCUUUAGCCAUGGACAAUAAGUAUAAAGCUUAUGAUAUAUCUAUGGACGACAAUGUGGUGUGCUUUAAGCUGCCAUACCCAGCUAAUUUGCAUGGACUUAACCGAAACUUCACAAUUGAAAUAGAUUCGCAGAAGCAAGUGUAUAUCCUAAAUGACAUCCGAAUGCGAAAGCCUUAUUGGCCGAGUAAUGAGCCCCUGAUUGAACAGUCACGACUCGGGAUUUGCGUGAAUUUCGGUUCGAAUGCUUUUAAAAAUUCCGACUCAUACGAAUGGAAAGUGUCACUCUUGACGCCGGAUCCGAGAUUUAGACUCCAAGAGGCCACUUUAGUUAGCUAUUCAGAUGCUGGCUUCGAAGACCCGAAAGAUGUGUGCUUUAAGAUCCCGCCCUAUAUAAAUGAUACCAUUGAAGCAUAUUUAGAUGUCCGCUUUAACCACAGUCUUUCGCCCUGGACAAACGAUAAUAAAUACCUGAACUACACCAUGAAGCAAUUAGUACCCAACAUGCCGGAGUUCCUGGAAAAUGGAUUCUACUACGACCCGAACAAAAAGAUGAUUCACGUGUUUUGGUUGAAGCUGAAGGAUCUGAAGUUUAGCGGGGGAAACCUUACUUACAUAGUGGUCACAGAUACGGGAAAGAAGCCGCUGCAUCAGGGCAACAGUUCUGCCGUCUUCCGCGAUUGGGAUUCGCUGCAACCAGCCACAGUAAUUAUUUGGAGUCAGAACUCCGUCGGUCGCUCAAAGAAGAACCAUACCCUGUCGGUGCCAAUUUUGAGGGAUUACAAGAGACGUCAGCCACGAAAUUUGCAGUACCAUUUGGAGGACCAUACACUCACCUGGGAUCCACCACAGGAGGAGGAGGACCUUUCUGGUUACUAUAUAUACUCAUGCCAUGCCCACACGAACAGUAAUAAUUUCUGCGAAAAAACUCAAGAAGUACCCAUCAUUGAAAGGCAUGAGUCGCUGAAUCUGUGGGUUUCGAGAGGUUUUCAGGCUGGCGGUGGGAUUGCGAAGGGGGGAGGAUAG